AGUGAUAGUCUCAUUCAUAUACAUACCCAAAAAGUCUAUCGUUUGAUCUACUUGAUACCCACACACAUAUACCCCACACAAAAUGACCAAUUCUACAAUAGUUAAACCUCCUGCCAAUGGUAAGAAAUUAUGGAGAGUAAAGAAAAUCGGUACGAGCUCUUCGCAACACGAAUCUAACACUGUACAAUGCUUACAAAAUAGUUUGAAGAUUACUGCUGCCGGUAACCAAUACAAUGUCAAGAAGCCUCAAUUGAAGAGGCCAAAGAAUAAACCAGGUAUGCCAAAGGACUUCGUAUUUGUUGACUUAAGUCCUGUUAAAGACAGUGAAUCUGAAGAAUCUGACAAUGCUUCAAGUUUACCAUCAAGUCCUACGCUAAGUGACAAUUCCGACUCUAAUGAGUCUUUAUUGACCAAUGAUACCUCAAUCUCUGACUUGUCUAUGGAAUUGUUAGAUGAGAGUUUCAAAAUUGACAAUCUUGAUCACUCGCAAAUGUUCAUGCCAGAUGCUGAAACUUCGUUUGAUUAUGGCUUGGGAUUAAUGGAUUUCGAUGAAAGAUUAUUGUUCAGUCAAGGUGCUUACCAAACACCUAUUCACAAGCAUUCACACUCCAUUUCUUUGCCAGUACAAGCUGCCAUUCAAACUCCUAGACAAGUAUCACAAUCAAAGUUCGAGACUCCAGUCAAUCAAAUAUUAAAAACACCUGAAAUCUUACAUCACAGAUCCAAAUCUGUGGAUAACAUCAAGAAAAAGCCUUUGCAAUUUAAAACCUAUUCUCCAAAGUCAAAGGGUUCAAAGUCUGAAAAAGUCAAGAAACCUCAAUUGAAACACAGACACACGAUCUCAGAGCCUAUUACUAAACACGGCUUGGAUGACUUUAUGAGCUUAAACAAUCAGAUCAGAGUGAGCUUGGGUAACGAUGAAUUAUCCAGAACCUCCACUAUCGAGUCUGAUGAGGAGUUUUUACAACAACCAUUGAAGUCAGAAUUCCUUUAUGGUAUUGACCAGUUCUUAUCUCAAAAACAAGAGGAGUUUGACUUCAGUGCCUUCGUUUCUAUAUAAACGGGUACUUUACAAAGUUUAUGAUUAUGAUUUCGUCCAUUAAGUUGGUUACACUUUUCGUCCACAUCAAAUGGUUCCACCAUUUCGUCCAUUAAGUUGGUUCUCACACUUCGUCCAUUAAUUUGGUUCACACAUUUCGUCCAUUAAUUUGGUUUUGCAUAUUUCGUUCAUUAGGUUGGACAUUCAUAAUACCAUUCGUUUGGUAACUCUCUUCGUCCAUUAAGUUGGUCUGAAAUAUUUAUUGGGUAUGGGUAAAUAGUUAAUAUGAUAUAAAGGUCAUUUAA